AUGAGAGCAAUAGAAAGUGAGAACUCGGGCGUCGGUGAGAGUGGGCUAGUGGGCGCCGACAAGAAAGCUGCGUCCGUGUUGACAACCAUCGAUGGCGCGGUCGACACCCGAGCGAACACGACGACGAACGACACGCCGAACGCCAUAACGAACGCCACGACGAACGCCACGACGAACGACACAACGCACGACACGCCGAACGCCACGCCAAACGACACGACAAACGCCACGACGAACGACACGCCGAACGCCACGACGAACGCCACGACGAACGCAGGAGAAGAGACCGCGUCGAGGAGAAAUGCCGCCAGGAAUUACGGAAGCAGUGAGAGCAAGGAUCUGCCGCACGCCGACCACGGUUGGGCAUGGAUGGUGCUAGUGGGCGCCUGCGCAAAUUUGUUCACACUGGCAAGCACGGGGUCCAGUUUCUCUGUGCUCUUCGCAGAAUUUGUCACCGUGUUAGAUGCUAAGAAAAGCGUGAUUGUUCUCAUAGGAUCGCUGCAAUCAGGCAUCGGGUUAAUGUCAGGUAUUUUGUUUAGCCGCUUGGCGGAGAAGUAUGGCUAUCGGCUGGUGGUGAUGACAGGAGGGAUGCUGGCUACAGUCGGCAUGGGCAUCAGCUACGGAGUAGCAGAAGUGAGAGUGCUGAUCAGUGCCUACGGCCUGCUAACAGGCGUGGCUAGGGGAAUGAUAAAUACUCCAUCGAAAGUGAUUAACGGAGUGUACUUUGACAAGAAACGCUCGCUGGCAACUGGACUGGCAAUCACGUCUGGUGCCGUUGGCGCGUUCAUUGGCCCUCUACUGUGUGUCAAACUCAUCGAGCUCUAUACGUGGCAUGGCACACUCAUCAUUCUAGCCGGCAUGUACCUACAAACGGUGGCAGCCAGCGCCCUCUUCCGGGACAUACCCAAGGCAGCGAAAGAAGAGCUAAGCCAACGUCGCAGCAGCAACAAUACGUCGCUAAUGAUGCCAAUCCCAGACAUGAUAAAAUUCGGAGCCCACUGCUUGAGUAGUCUCGCCAUGGGCUUCAGUAUGCUAAUGUUCGUGACAUUCUGCGUGCUUUACGGCAUGUCGCAGGGCUUGAGUCUCGCGCGGGCUGCACAGAUGAUGAGCGUGAUCAACGUGAGCAGUGCACUCAGUGCCUUUCUGGUGGCAGCGACGGGCGACAGACCGUGGUUUCCACGGCCGCUGGUCUACGGCCUUGCGACGCUAACGAUUUCAAUCAUCGCUUUCUUGUUUCUGCUGGCGGGUGAACUGUCGGUGUUUGUUGUUUGCUGCGUGUUCUACGGAUGCAGCGGAGGCAUACGAGCGAGCAUGGAGACAACCAUGCUCGUGGACUUGUUCGGAAUAGAGCAUCUACCGACGGUCCAGCCUAUCUACUCGCUCUUCUUUGGCCUCGGAGCUUUCACUGGACCUCUGGCCGCGGGUGGUGUGUUGGAUUACACUGGCAACCUAAAGUUAGUUGUCAUCCUUUGUGGAAGCACGGCUGGUCUGAGCGCAGCGUUGCUGAGUGGCGCCCUCUAUAUCGACUACAGACAGAAGCAUACGAAGCAGGCAGAAGCGCAUCCGAGGCGAUCGAGUAAAGUCGAAAUCAUUUUCGACGAUGCGACCAGGUCGCAACACAUAUAGAUCCUUGUAUAUGUAUAUAUGGUUUGGAUGUAUGUGUGAUGUGCUUUAACGCGCCACAAUAAAUGACUCAGACGUUGCUGGCGAUGGAAUAUAUGUAUCGAUGGAAGAUCUUGCGUGUAAAUGAGCACGUUUCGCCGUGCUUUGUUUCGCAUAAAUAAAUUACUAAUGCCCCAUGUUUAAUGUUAUAUCAAUGAAUCGCUACAUUGUGUGAUAAGGUAUCUGUUACGUAGAUUCACCACAUCGCCUAUGUGUGUUUCCAUGUUACAAGGAGUACAUAGUAUGAUUAGCUAGACCUGCUCGUGAAUUGUGUCACAACAAGAUGUUGCUUCUAAUGCAGGACGUUGUUAAAUGCGUAUACCUGCUAAAUUCGGUUUGCCAAAUUUUGAGUCGAUGACACAAAUUUGAUAGACGCAUAAAACCGGUGCUGAUCGUUUAUUCUGCAAAUAGAUGUAUGGAAAUACAUGUUUACCAAUAUGCUUGGAUGUUGAUAUGUCUAAUAAAAUUAUUUUUUUUAAAGCGUACAUCCAUCGUACGUUCGCGUACCAAAAGCUACACGUAAUGUUGAUGUUAAUAUUAUUACUAUACGCACGGUAUCGUCUAUACUAUUGCCAUUUGCUAUAUGUAUACUAGGCUAGAAGUAACUUCACAUAUUGUAUGACAUGUUAAAGCACAUGUUGCCAAUCGUUCUUAGAUAAACACGUAGCAUUACGUUAAGCACUAAUAGUAAUAUAACUAUUAACAAUUGGAAUACGGGUAAAUGCA